AUGGAAUCUGAAGACCAACAAACAACAAAGGAACUACUUCCAAACACUAGUCUAUUACGCAACUCUGAUAAUUCCUCACAUCAUUCUUCUGAUAUUGAUCUAUCUGCCUCGUCUGUCAAGAUGGCAACUUUGGCGGGUGCCAACAUAAAUGCACCUACUAUACACACACAACACUCCAACAGCCCUCCAUUACAGUCUCCACUCAUAUUGGUCGACACUGCAAUGUCGGAUCUAGAUCCAUUCCCGUCAUACAUGUCGCCACAACAUCAAACAACUCCAACACACCCGUCAGAGAGAGAGUCAAGAACGCCACCGCGUAGUCCCAAACCAUCUAGAUCAUCCAGACCCAUCUCCCAACAUGCCCCUCAUUCGCCUCAUGCCAUGGAUAUUGAUGGACUGCCCUUGUCUCCUUCACUUGAACCAACUCUUGCUCCGUUCCUCACCCUCCGUAUGGAGCCACCUGUUUCUGAAGCCGGUGCUGAAAUGCUUUUAUGUCAACCUAGCAUGGAAGGUGACACAGAUCUAGAAAACAAAGUCUCACAACCACACGUGGAGCACUUGCUUUGGCCAGAGCAUCGUCUAUCCACAACAGGUCCAGGCGAUCGUAAUGUCAAAAGUCAGUCUGAUUCCGGUGUAGAUCUCACUGCUGAUGUCGAAGGAGAUGUUCCCAUGUUGGACGUACCACCAGCUGUGUCUUUGCAUGUGAUACCACCAUUCUACUUCCCUAUUGGCACAAAUCCAGACGAAUCCUCCCGCAAACCUGAUGGUUUGGCGCAAAAGCAGCUGUUUGGAGUAGACUCUGAGAAUCUCAUAGGUCGUGGCUUAAGUGAACGCGAUUUUGAAAAGGUCACUGAACGAUGUCAGCUCCCAAGAUAUCUCAAUGCUUGCCUGUUUCGUCAAUGUGGCGGCGAACGAGACAAGCCAGUCUUCUUUCAAGCCUUUCAGCAAACUUGGUCUGCUCUAACGACAAAAUUCCGUGGAGAGGACUCUUUGGCAUUUGGUGUAUUUAAACAGAAUGUCAAUAAUUUCAUUGAACCGGAGGAUAUUGAGCUCGUUGUGACCGACGUGGUACAUCAUCACCCUGGUCUGGUAUUUUUAGCACCGUUGCCAGUUUUUCAAGCCAGAUAUGUUGAGACAGUUGUAGCUAGAAUUUUUUAUGGAAAGACUCAGAAUUGGAAUGACCGGAUGACUUUUGCUGAAUUCAAAAAGACUGGCAUCUUGAACGUUAUAAGGAAUCUGGAAAACCAAGACGAUAUCAACUCUACUCGUGACGUCUUCUCCUACAAGCACUUUUAUGUAAUUUAUUGCAAAUUUUGGGAAUUGGACUCUGAUCACGAUAUGCAGAUUGACCGUCGAGCGCUAAGUCGAUACGAUCGAUCAUCAAUAAUACCUCGAGUUGUCACUCGCAUUGCAGAGGGUGCCGGUCGUCCCGUAGUUGGAGCUAGAAAUGCCACAACUAUGGGUUAUAGAGACUUUAUCUGGUUCAUUUUGUCAAAUGAAGACAAGAGGACACCGCAAGGAAUUGAGUACUGGUUUAGGGUUUUGGAUACAGACGGCGACGGCCUGAUAUCGCUACAUGAACUACAGUACUUUUGGGAAGAGCAGCAUGCCAAGAUGAUUGAGAACCGUUUGGCGGAUCCGUGGAAGUUCGACGACUUUGUAUGUGCCUUGCUAGAUUUAGUGAAACCUGUGCAAAAGCAUGCCGUCAGUUUGCAUGAUUUGAAAAAGUGUGGAUCCGCCAGUAUAUUCUUUGACAUGAUAUUCGACUUGAAGAAGUAUGACAGCUUCAUUCGACGUAUUGACCCUGCCUGGAGAGAAAUGGAUGACGUCGUAGUUGUGGAUGGUCGUGGCAGACGUGUAAAACUAGAAGGCUGGGACAAGUUUGCUGAGCGUGCCUACGAGGAGUUGGCAAUAGAAGAAUCUCAGCAACGAAACACCAAUUAUAGAACAACGGCUCGUUAUGUAUACUCGGAUGAUGACGAUGAUACUGCCGAGGUUUGGUCUGUCAACCACCGUUCUAGCAACUCCUCAACAACUGGAGUGACCACCACCAGCACAUCUCCUUCGUUGACUGCGACUACCAGCGAUGAAGGCAACGGUAGCAGUAAUAGUAGCAGUAAUAAUGCAUGGUCUGGAGGCAUGUUUUCUCAUACAGAUGACGAUGACGCAUGGGAAGAGGACGAUGACGCAGAUGUUGAACCUCAUGAAGUCAGUGUUGCUGAAACUAUUGAGUUGAGCUCUAGUGUUGAUCAACCAACUGAAACUGCCACUAGCUCCCCAAUCUUUUGA